GCGGAAUAGUAGCGCGCGAACAUUUAGCGCGAGUGGUCAAGAGACGAUAUGGCACGUCGCACCAGGUACCACCAUGUGACUCUUCACCUGCUCACUAUUCUCUGUCAAGCCCUGACGGAUGGACCACGAUUCGUGGAGCCUAUCCCCAACGUGACGGUGGUGCUGGGGAGGGACGCCAACUUACCAUGUGUCGUAGAAAACCUUGGCACCCACAAGGUGGCGUGGAUACACAUAGACAGACAGAUGAUACUGACGAUACACCGUCACGUGAUCUCCAGGGUGCCGAGGUUCAGUGUGUCUCACAGCCAGAACACGUGGUUACUGCACGUGACAGGGGCGCAGCAAGAGGACCGAGGUUACUACAUGUGUCAGGUCAACACCAACCCCAUGAUCAGCCAAGUUGGUUACCUGCAAGUCAAAGUUCCACCAAACAUAGUUGAUGAGGAGAGCACACCCUCGUCAGUCGCAGUGAGGGAGAAUCUGAACAUCAGCCUGGUGUGCAAGGCUGAGGGGCUGCCAGCUCCCAAAGUCACGUGGAAGCGAGAGGACAGUCAGUUGCUUCUUGUAGACCGCAGGAACGAAGUGAUAUCCUACGACGGGGACUACCUCAACAUAAGCCGUAUCAGUCGCAAGGACAUGGGAGCCUAUCUCUGCAUAGCAUCCAAUGGUGUGCCUCCUGCAGUCGUCAAAAGAAUUGUGGUCGAUGUGGAAUUCUCGCCGAUGAUCUUCGUUCCUAACCAACUUGUGGGGGCUCCCACUAACACGAACGUCACACUGGAGUGUCUCACAGAAGCGCACCCCCGGUCCAUCAACUACUGGGUGUAUCAGGGGACCAUGUUACUGUCAUCAGCCAAACACACCAUGUCCGUCAAUGUUAACGGAUACCGGGUCAAGAUGCGCCUCACUAUUCACAACCUGCUCAAACGCGACAUCGGCAACUACAGAUGUGUCUCCAAGAAUUCCCUGGGAGAGACUGAGGGCUCUAUCAGGCUGUACGAAAUCCCAAGACCAUCUGUGCCACCUAAAACAGUUCUGCUAUCCAGUAGUCCAAAAAGACAAGAGAGGCCUGUCUACUCCGUGACCAGCACUACGCCGCCCUCAUACCCCUCAGAGUGGAGCCGAGGCUCUAUGAGUUCCCCGUACCUCAUCCAACCUGUCGCAGACAGCGGACGACGCCUCAGCUGGGCGACUCAAGCCCAAGCCGUAGUCGCGGCCUCGCUCAUCAUGCAGUCCGGCCUCAUGCGAUCUCUAUAAUCCCAGUUUCCAUUAAGCUAAUUAACCAAGCCUCAAUUGCUGCAUAAUAUAUUUUUGACAUUCCUUGUAAAUAUGAACAUGUUUAUACGUGCCACGCCA